AUGACUUGGCAGCAAACUCGACCUCUGGCCCGCGCCCACUCCCUGCCCUUGCAGCUGUUUGGCGAGACCUUCAUCCCCGAGAUGCCGACCUUCCUUCCCAACACGAGGGCCUGGCGGCCGGAGCAGGGGCCCAUGGUGGAGCUGGAACCAGAGCUGUCAGAUGUGGAGCGAGCUGGCGCGGCGUUCAAGCUGACUUUCGGCGAGGAUCCAGCAACCGACCAGGGCCCCUGGCGCCAGCACACCUGCGCAGACUACCGCAGGGCAUACGCUAGCGGGCAGAGCACACCCAGCCAGGUGGCGGAGCGCGUCAUCACUGCAGUCGCGGCCAGCGAGGAGCAGGACCCUGCCAUGUGCCUCUUCACCGAGUUCGAUCCGGACAAGGUGCGUGCCGCGGCCGCCGCCUCGACCGAGCGCUGGCGGAAUGGCAGCCCCCUCAGCCCGCUGGACGGCGUGCCCUUUGGCGUGAAGGACCUGGUGGACGUGCUGGGCUACAAGACCACCGCCGGCACCUCCUGGAUGGCAGACUGGCGCCGGGUCGAGGCCACCAUCCCCGCCGUGGCGGCUCUGCUGUCGGCCGGGGCGCUGCUGCUGGGCAAGCUGGCCACGCACGAGAUAGGGCUGGGCACCACCGGGCUCAACACGUGGUUUGAGGACGCCUCGCCCGAGGUCCUGGCUGCCUGCAGGGCGGCUGUCGAGAAGCUGCGCGGUGCAGGGCUGGAGGUGGUCGACAUCGUCAUCCCGGAGCUCCGUCACCAGCGCCUCGCACACAGCGUCACCAUUUGCAGCGAGAUGCGCUCCGCCAUGUCGGGCCCGCUCAGCGUGCCGGCGGUGCGCUGCCAGCUGGACGGGGAGACCAGGGCCUCGCUGACCAACGCGGUGGGCUUCACCGGGGCCUUUUACGUGAACGCGCAGCGCGUGCGCACACGCGGCGAGGCCCACUUCCGCCGCGCCUUUGCCGCCUGCGACCUAGUCCUCACUCCCACCACGCCCGCCGCCGCGCCGCGCUGCAAGCCCGGCGCGCUGGCCGCGGGCGAGACCGACCUGGCCACCACGCUGGGCCUCAUGCGCUUCAUCACCCCCGCCAACUUCCUGGGCUUCCCCGCGCUCACGCUGCCCGUGGGCGUCGAUGCGGCGGGGCUGCCGCUGGGCCUGCAGCUGAUGGCCCCGCCCUGGCACGAGGCCGGCCUGCUGCAUGCCGGCGCCGUGCUGGAGGCGGCGCUGGGUGGGGGGGUGGUGCCCAGGCCCCGUGUUUGGUACGACCUGCUGCGCGACUGA